AUGAUUCAAAAGUUUUUGACCACUCUACUGCUAGCUUUGCCGGUCCUUGGGCACUCGGUUACUCCGCAAAGGAAAACUUGUGUCAUUCCUGUUGCAGGAGAUGGACGCGAUGAUUCUCCUGCCAUUCGCGAAGCUUUCCAAAAGUGCGGUACGAAUGGAAAAGUAGUAUUUGAAAAGGACUCGACAUACAGUGUCCAAACCGUUCUUCAACUCCACGAUCUGAAAAAUGUCGAGGUUGAUUUGCUAGGGACGAUUGAGUACUCCACGGACGUGAGAUACUGGAUUCAGCAUGGUUCGUACUAUUACUUCCAAAACAUCUCUAUCGCCAUGGAGUUCUCUGGCGAGGACAUCACAAUUGACGGACACGAUACCGGCACAAUCAAUGGCCAGGGCCAGGUUUGGUAUGAUCUGGCUCUGGGUAUUGGAGGCUUAUUCGGACGCCCGAUUCCGUUCUGCCUGCGGAAUGUGAAGAAUGCCGUUGCCAAAAAUUUCAAAAUCCUGCAAUCGGGGAAAUGGAAUUUUGUGAUGGUUGAAUCUCAGAAUAUUCUGGUGGACAACAUUUAUCUGUCCAGCACUUCCAACGACUAUCAAGCCAACCCUGGCAAUCUUGGAAAUACAGACGGCUUCGAUACCAUCAAUAGCGACAACAUCACUAUUCAAAAUAGUUGGGCAAACGUGGGGGACGACUGUGUUAGCUUUAAACCAGGCAUUGCUAUCGGGAGUCUUGGCCAAUAUGAUGGAGUGCGCGACGUGGUUGAGAACAUCACAGCAGAGGACGUUACUCUCAUUGGUAGUCGCAAUGGUGCCUAUAUUAAGACCUACGUGGGCAAGCCCACCUACUAUCCGCCUCAGGGUGGGGGCGGAGGAAAUGGUUAUGUUCGCAAUGUCGUCUUCCGUAACUUUCAUAUUGAAAACAUCACUGCAUCUCCAGUCUUGCUGCAACAGUGCAGUCGGUGGGCAGGUUACGACGUUCCAUCAUGCGCUGAUACCCCAGCAACAGGUCUAUUCUCCAAUAUAUCGUGGUCUAACUUCACUGGAUACAUGAAUGAGGCUGUUGGUACAAACUCCAUCAGCUUGGUAUGCUCGCCGCUUGCCACGUGUGAAGACUUCUCGUACGAUAAUAUCGAUAUCAAGCCGGCUAAUGAAACAAAGGCGACGUACGAGUGCAGCAAUGUUGAGGGGUACAGCUCGUCUUGUCAGAAGAAUUAG